AGGAAGAGUGAUACCAUGGUAGAGACAAUGAAUCACCACGGGAGAGUCAGUCCUGGAAAUGCAGUUUUUUUCCUUCAUGGAGACUAUGGCCAGUACAUGACUCUGGUCCAGAACGCUACAGAGUGGCGCUGCAUCCCCAGUGUAUCUGCAGGCAUAGAGGAAAGCUGGGCAUGCUGCCCAAAGGGCUGGAAACGCUUCCAAGGAAGCUGCUACUAUCUCUCAGGUGAUGCCAUGUCCUGGGCCGAUAGCGAGCAGAACUGCACUGGGAUGGGCUCUCACCUGGUGGUGAUCAACAGCAAAGCAGAGCAGGAUUUCCUCUUUAAGUUGGCGAAAGGAGUAUUUUCUAACGCCUAUGAAACAAAAUACUACAUAGGCUUAACUGCUUACAAAACCGGGCAAUGGCAGUGGGUGGAUCAGACUCCAUACGAUAUGACAGCCACGUUCUGGAAACCCGGGGAACCCAAUUUACUCUUUGCAGAAAGGUGUGCUGCAAUUCACGUCAAGGGAAACAGAGACCCCAACACUUACAGUAACUGGAAUAACAUCCUGUGCUUCACAAGUUGCUAUCGAAUUUGUGAACUGCCAGUCAAAUCUGUCUGAGGAAGGAAACUCCACUUUGGUUGAAGGAGCUCAAGGAGCACCUUUGAGAAAGGGCAGCUCCCGCAAUACCUGAUGAAAAGCUGGCCUGAGCUCACACAAAUGCUUCAACUUGUGAUGCAGGGUGAGCAAGCCUGCUACAGAAUCUCAGAUCUGAUGGACCUCAGUUCCCAGCCUGUGCCCCUGCAUCUCUUUCCAAGAUGGAGAUCAGUCCUGGAUGAUAAUGCUCAGGCUGAUGUCAAGGACCUACCCCUUUUUGUGGUACUCCUUCACAGACAAGUGCCCUGAUCCUCCAGUACUUUCCUUGACUCCUUGUCCAGUCAGUAUCUCAAUGAUGUGGAAAAGGUCCUCUCUGUUCCAUGGAAGAAUACUGGUCCUAUGAGUCACUGGAGCAGAAUUUGAA